UGAAAUUGACAUGAAGAAGAAGAAGGAGAAAGGAAAAGGAUAUGGUGGAAAGUUACCUUUUUUUAUGUAUUCGUUUCUUGCACAGAAUCAGAAUCUUUUUGUAUCCUUGGAUUUAAGAAUUAGGAUGGGAGAACAUUUAGUGUUGGUGGUUGAUCGAUUAUUAAGCGAUUCUGGUCUUGGGGCGGUAGACAAAGCAGAGCUUAAAACUGACUUGGUUAACAAAGACGGUACAUCUGAAUCUGUAUCUGCAGGAGCAGAUUUAUGUGAGAGUAGAUUCGAACAAUGUAGGAUUUGUCAUGACGAAGAUGAAGAUUCUAACAUGGAUACGCCUUGUUCUUGCUCUGGAACAUUAAAGUUUGCUCAUCGUCAUUGCGUCCAAAGAUGGUGCAAUGAGAAAGGUGAUACUAUAUGUGAAAUAUGUCGUCAGCAAUAUAAACCCGGUUACACAGCUCCUCGACAACUGUUUCACUACACAGGCUUAUCUAUGAACUUCAGGAACGAUUGGGGAAUCGAGGGACUAGAUCUUCGUAAUCCUUAUUUUAUAACCUGGGAUGUAGCUGGUGAUCAUGAGCUUUACUCAUUUCAUAGUCCCACAAGCUUGAUAUGUUGCCGCAUAAUUGCCUUGCUAUUUGUCCUUCUGCUCUUCUUGCGCCAUUCUCUUCCAGUUUUACUAGGUGGAGUCGAUGAUUUCUCGUUAACCAUGCUCAUGUUACCAUUAGUGAGAACAUUAGCAAUCUUGUUGAUUGUAUAUCUAUUUGUUAAGGCAUUCAUUGUUAUACAACGUUGCACACAAGAGAGGGAUACGAGACUCUCUGGUUUCUCGUCUGAUGAAGAAACUGCACCGCCGCGGAUAUUGAUGGCAUUGCCGGAAAGACCCGAACUUCAUGUUCCCGUAAACUAAGAUGAUCACUGAUCAGUAUUCAAUAUAAGUAUAUAACCAUCUCGUUAUAUAUAUGUUUGAUUUGUAUGUCAUGAACACACAUAAAUUAUUUAUACCCAUAGAAUAAAUGUUGAUAACCCGAGUUUGAUCAGAUAGAUGUUAUACGAGAAAAUGUGAUUGUAAGGAGAACUGAUGCAAAAAUAGUAAAAGAGUUCUUCACUUA